UAUACAGAAGUGAAUUAUUUAUAGCAGCGUAAAGAAGAGAUUGCAGAGGAAGAUACUGUUUUUGUUAAGUUCUUCAUAAUGGUCUGUUUCCAUUUUUGUAGAUGUAUAGCAUUAAUGACUUUUACAGAGAAGAAUGGCAGAGACUCUGGAACAAGGGCCUAUAUAUUUCUUUGACCAGCCAAAACCAAAAAGAAAAUGGGGCAAGAAAAAGAAACGAGGAGAACAGCUUGAUGUAAUAAUUUCAGGCUACACAAAUCCCCAUGAAAGUAGAAGCUUUUACAGGAAUCCUGCAUAUAAAGAAGAGCGCAUGGAAGGGGGCGACACCUCAGUGAUAGUCAACACAGCAAAGGAAAUUCCAGUUUCUCCAAGUUGUUGCCCUUUGGUUUUCCAGCCCACCUGCAAGGACCAUUUGGAUCAGCUUUCCCAGAUACCUUCACAUUCACUUAAAGAAGAAACUCUACAGUUAGCCUCAUUGAAUGAAUAUAAAUACAGAGCUGCUACCAUUUUACAUGAGCUGGAAGACAUGCUCAGACAUUUUUCCAAGUAUAAGAUUAUUCUACCCCAGGGGAUUUCAAAUAUUUUGAACUACAGCUGGAAAGAGCUUGUUGAAAAUGCCUGGUAUAAUAAAAAAUAUUGCCAGGAGCCAACAUACAAAAAUGUAAAUGAAGGGAUUAAACUGGCAUCAGAGGAGUCCAGUAGACUGUCACCCAGUUCUGAAUAUACUGAUGAAGAGAUGGCAGUAAACACAAAAAGGAGAAGCAAACAACUUACUGGGUUUUCUACUGAUGUUGUAAAGGGAUCAGAGAAUCUUGUACCUCUGUUAAACAAACGUAAGGAGAAACUACUAAUAUUCUCAUAA